GUAAAACCAUCUCCUCUGCCCGAAGCCGGAGAUUUAAUCAAUGCUUGUUCUUCCAAAAAAAUACGUUUUCAUUUCUCUCGCCUCUCCUCUGCCCGGAAUCCCCACGCCGCCGCCGGCGACUUCUCAUGGACGUAUAUGUAUUCAUACCGGUCUCUGGGGUGCUGCGGCCGGGUAUUAAAUACGAAUCCUCACUCACAAACAGUGAUUUGCGCCUAGAGAUGGUCGAAGUUCGAUGCGGCCAAGAUUGCCCAGUCGCUAUCUCCAUUUAUAGCACAAAAGCAUUAAUUCUUAGAUUAUUAUCUCAUUGCAUUGAAAAAAUAAAUGCUCCGUUCCAUUAUAAUGGCUUCCUAUUCAUCUGGACUAUGCAUUUAAAGUAAAGGAAAAAGCUUUUCUGCUAUUUAAUACUGCUCAUAGUCUGUUAUCUUUAAUUGGAUCUUCUUCACCUAUGUCUGAUGAGUUUAUCUGUUUUUAGUUUUUCUAGGAUGUAAAUUUGCUCAUCUACAUGUAUUUUGAGAAUUCAUGAAAUGGUAGGGUUCUGUUCACUCACAUAGUCUUAGGUCCUGAAACUUUCACUAGAGAGUUGUAGAGAAUAGAUUGACUAAUGUGAAAACUGAACUUUCUAAUAGAAUUGGUCCUUUGCCACAUUUGUUUUUGCACGCCCAGGCAUAGAAAAUGAGCAUAAGAGUUGCUGGCAUAGGAAACUACUGCGAGAGAAUUCCCACUAAAACAAAGAUAAAGUUCAUAGAUAAGACUAUCAAUGUUUUAUUCCCAUGAAGAGACCCAUUCACUCCAAUUUUGUGAAAUUUUAAUUAUGCUAUUCUUUUCAUAGGACUUAAUAAGUCCUAUUUGAGGAAUAAAACAUACUUAGUCUUAUUUUUGAACUUUGUAUAUGUUUUGAUCCUAUAUUGAGCAAAUUCUAAACUACUAAGUAGGUUAGGUUUUACACCAGAGAAUUCUGGUCAGUAUCACUUUGACCAUGGCAAGAUGAGAAAUGGUAUAAAUGUAUAAAUGUAUAAAUGUAUAAUAUAGCCAAAAACACAUAUCUAAGCACCCAAAUUUGAUAGGUUAGCCCUAUUGAGACUCUCAACUCCUAAUUCCACAUACCGAGAGUGCUAGAGACUCAUUAAGGCUUAUGUAGUACUUUUACAUCUUAUUUUAAGUUGUCUUUAACGCGUGAUUAUAGAUGUCACCUAGCUAAUUAGCUAUGACCUGGUGAAAGAACUAAAUAUAAGAGGAUUUUUGUGUGUUUCUAAUUAGGAUCACUUAUGUGAUCACCUCAUCAACUAAUGCUUGUGAUGUCUUGCAUUGAUGAAAUUUUCGACUGAGGUGCAUCAAAAGAAGUGUUCACUCGAACUUAAGUUAGCUUUGUGUGUGCUAAGUAGGUGCAAUUAGAGGUUGAGGGGCUCAAUAGGACUAACAUUCCUUGUUAAUGAGAUAAAAACGAGUUUUACCUUAUCAAAGCACAAAGAUGUAGUUGAAAAUAGAAACGAAUUCACGGAUGUUAAAUACACUUCAGAGCUACUGGAUUUAUAAUGGCUGGAAGUGAAACGGGGCAUGAUUUGUGUAGGCAAAUAGAUGUCAUAUUGUUAAGGUAAUGUUAAAUGGGCAGAAUCCAUAACAUAUUAAACAUCAGUUUAGAAACAUAUACGGAGUAACAUUCAUAACCCACAUAAUUUCACACACUUGUCCCUUCUAGCCAUGUUUUAUUGUAUUACUCUUAUAUUAUAAAUACGAAUGGAGAGUUAUAUUGCAUAUAUCAUAUCCUAACUAGUUCCGGAUUAAGGCUAGUUGGGGGUACAUAUAUAAAAGUGCAAUUGUUUGAAUUUCAUAUUCACUCACAUGGCCUGAGACGUGUAUAUAGGGCCAUUAAUACAUCAUACCAUGGCAAUAAAUGCUUAUCCAGCACAGGAAUUGUCGGUCGUAUUUCUGCUUCUAUAUUAUCUACUAGAAGAAGGUAGGAGUGGGUACUAUUUCUACCUGACAUGUCAACUACGCUGUGUUUGACUCUCUCUUUUUCACCCUGUCUUUCCGAAGACUAAUUUUAAAGCAUAAAGCCUGCUUCUUAGUUAAUCACCAUUUAAAAGUCAUUUUAGAGAGGGAGAGUAAGAGAAAGAGAGAGAGAAGGGGAAGUGGAAAUGGGGAGAGCACCCUGCUGUGACAAGAAGGGGUUGAAGAAGGGGCCAUGGACGCCUGAAGAAGAUGAAAUGCUUAUUGAAUACAUCAAGAAAAAUGGGCAGGGUAACUGGCGUUCCCUUCCCAAGCUAGCAGGUCUUCUUCGUUGUGGGAAAAGCUGCCGCCUAAGAUGGACGAAUUACCUCAGGCCAGACAUCAAAAGAGGCCCAUUUACCUCGGAGGAAAAGGAGCUUGUUGUGCAUUUACACGGUCUUCUUGGAAACAGGUGGGCUGCAAUCGCCUGCCACUUACCUGGGAGGACAGACAAUGAGAUCAAGAACUUGUGGAACACCCACCUGAAGAAGCACAUGCUUACGAGGCAACCUGGAACCCCCUCUGCUCGCCACAUGGUGCAGUGGGAGAGUGCCAGGGUCGAAGCUGAGGCCCGACUCUCGAAGGAACCAUCAGAGCUUUUGGUUCCAUCACAUUCUGUGGGGCCCGCAACAGACUUCUUCAUGCGGCUGUGGAAUUCAGAGAUUGGAGAGUCGUUUAGGAAGCUCAGCACAAGGGAGAAAGCUGCUGAUGAUAAUGGAAGUCUGGCAUGUGAGACCUCUUCUUCAUCAAUGAAAGGAGGCAGCGGGUUGGAAGAAAUGACCUGGACCGAUGAGUUGGAAGAUUCGUCUGAAUUGGCAAUACAUCUUCUUUUGGAUUUCCCUGCAUAUGAUGAUGACAUGAGCUUCUUUGAAGUUUGAAUUGUUCGUCUGGAGGAAUUAGUGUUUUCGCCUCUCCCUAUAGUGAAAGAGAGACUUCCAAAUCCUGAGCUGGUUGUUUGUGUUUUAGUUUGGCUCCAGCCUGCAUCAACAGCUUUUUUGCAUCUCUUCUUUGUCAAGUACUCUUGAUGAUGCUUGAGCACAAGACAUCAUCAUGUUGUUAUGGUAACAGUACAAGUCAUUGUCUUAUGUUUUCAGUGUCCCAAGCGUCUUGACCAAUUUUCCACAUUAAACCACGGUUUAAAUUUUUAGUUCGAACCGCAUCGCCAGUCUACACAGUUUGGUUUUAGUUUUCUAUCAAAACUGUACCCGACAUGGUGGCCUUUAAUCUAAACAUCUGCUAUCUGUAAUAAACCGUACCAGGUGUGAUAUUCAUAUCUAGACCUUUACAUAUGUCCAAUUAUGUUUUUGGUGUAUUCAGUAUUUCUCAAUAUGUUUCUUACAACUGUUUGUAUCAAUUUUAGCCUUCUAGGAUUACAAAUUCAGGUGGCUCCAUUUAAGUGCAGAAAUACAGCAUUUGGUAAACAAAGAUCAAAUUUUAUAAAGCAUGUACUCCGUAUACUUUUCAUUUAUGGGUUUGCCUCGAAAGAGUGUCUUUCGGUAUGGAUUUAAAAUAUACGACUAUAUAUUGUUC